AGAGUAUUGUGUUUGUGAUUGUAUUUGAGUUGGAAGCUUGUGGUCACUUCCACGCGGAUGAACAGAGUGACAGAACAGAAAGAUCGCUAAUCUUCAUUUUCGUCAACAUUUUCUGCUCACCGAAUAUCAUAACACAUCUCUCACUUCAACAUUUCCUCUUACAUGUUUCAUCUUUUGUUAAUCUUUGUGCUGUUCUCAUCACUACCACACAAAAACUUCGAUUCACUGUCUCUGCAUUUGGUUCUUAUUCUAUGUUCCUAUGUGCCCUAUAAAACAAAGUAACUCCCUCAAAUUGCUUCUAGAUUGAAGCCAUAUCCAACCUUUUUGUCCUGUUCCCACUUUCUCUUCAUUGGUGUUUCAACUCAAUUCAAUUCCUUUUUGCCAAAAAAAAAAAAAAACCUUUUUUUUAGGUUACUCUGGAUCGUUCUGCACCAACCAACCACUCACUUGUGUCUCAGCAGCACCGCACCAUUCUGAACCCGUUUCGUGUUAAAAUUAAGGUUCUUCUAGGAUGCAAGAUCCGACAGCAUUCCAAGGUUUGAAGCAUCCUCAGUUUCCGGAACAAGAACAACUGAAAUGCCCGCGUUGUGACUCCUCGAACACCAAAUUCUGCUACUACAACAACUACAACCUCUCUCAGCCGCGCCACUUUUGCAAGAACUGCAGAAGGUACUGGACAAAGGGUGGUGCUUUGAGAAACAUCCCUGUCGGGGGUGGAAGCAGAAAGAGCACAAAACGUUCAUCAGCCUCGAAACGCUCGUCUGCGCCGGCUUCCUCUGCGGUUUCUGAGGCUGACCCGACCCGGAUUUGCACCAACCCGGUUCAGCAAGACCCUCGGGGGCUCAACAUUGGUGGCACCUUCAGUUCCCUGUUGGCUUCGUCUGGCCACUUUGGAACCCUCUUGGAGGGUCUGAAUCCAACUGGGUCGGGUCUCAAAAUGGGUGAAUUUGUGGAGGGUGUGAGUUCUGACCCGGAUUCGGGUUCAAACCCGGGUUUGCAGCUUCAGAGUAAUGGGAGUUCAGAGGGUUUUCUGGGUAUGCAGAAUGGGGAAUCAUCAACCUGUUGGAAUGGUGCUCAUGGCUGGUCUGAUCUUGCAAUAUACACACCUCGCCCAAGUUUUCAAUAGAAAAAAAAAUAAAAAACAUAGUUUAGUUUAUGAACUUCUCUAUGAACAAUUGUAGGAAGAAAGAAAGAAAAAAUGAUAAGGUAAAUUGAGUUUCUCAGAUUAUGGAUCUCGUCUCUCAGAGAAGUUCAAAAUUAAGUUUCUGUUAAACUCACCUUACACCUUACAAGGGAAACUUAAUUUAUUUUACAUUUUAGUUUUCUUCUGCUACAAGUUUUAUAGAGAAGUUUAUGAAUUACAGUGAUUGAUUGUUGUUGUUAUUAUAUAUAAUAUCAAUAUACUUAGAUACUCUGGUUGUGUAAAGAGUUGCAUAGUUUCAUGAAGCCUAUUGGUAGCAUGCUAUGGAGGAUCAUAAACACACACACCAGAAGGUCACAGAAGCAUCAUCAUCCUUUAGGUAAAGGCUUGUUUUUUCUUUGUGAAUUUAUUACAUAUGCUUGUGAUUGGUAUUCUUCAAAUUUACCAAUGGGGAAAAUCACAACAGAGAGAAGAAAAGUCUUUUUUUUUUUUUUUUUAUGUGAGACAGACAGUGUUGAUAACAUGUUUUUUGCAUAGCUUCCUUGGAUAUAUGGAAGUUUAAGGAUAUCUGGGGAUGAUAAGAGAAAAUCUAAAGUACAGAGUUUGAAGUUGUAUCUUGUCUGUAUGUUAUGAAUGGAGGAGUUGACAAGUGAUGGCACCUUGUUUUUUUUUUUUUUCUUUCAUGGUCAAUGUUGUGGAGUGAUAUCAUUGUUAACUCAUUCAAGAUUUGGUGUUAUUUAUUUUAACUUUAAAA